AUGUGGCAGAGCACUGGCCCCAAUAGUUGGACUCACGCUGGCAAAGUAGUGUCGGGUACGAGCUUAAACGGGGCUGGAGGUUACUACACUGAAGAGGAUUUCAAGGAAUCCGGGAAAGGCACGAGAAAAGGAAAAACAAAAGGUUCCGGGAAAGCAGAAGCAGCAGAGAAAGGAACAGCGAAGGGCAAGUCGCAGACCAAAGGUUCAGGAAAGGCCGCCGCAGAAGAAGCCGAGAAAGGAAAGGGCAAGUCGCUCACGAAAGGUUCAGGAAAGGAGGCCACAGGACAAGCCGAGAAGGGAAAAGGAAAGGGCAAGUCGCCCACGAAAGGUUCAGGAAAGGAGGCCACAGGAGAAGCCACGAAGGGAAAAGGAAAGACCAAGUCGCCGACGAAGGGUUCAGGACAGGAGGAAGCCACAGGAGAAGCCACGCAGAAGGGAAAAGGAAAGACCAAGUCGCCGACGAAAGGUUCAGGACAGGAGGAAGCCACAGAGAAGGGAAAAGGAAAGGGCAAGUCGCCCACGAAAGGUUCAGGAAAGGAGGCCGCAGGAGAAGCCGCAGAGAAGGGAAAAGGAAAGACCAAGUCGCCGACGAAAGGUUCAGGACAGGAGGAAGCCACAGGAGAAGCCACGCAGAAGGGAAAAGGAAAGACCAAGUCGCCGACGAAAGGUUCAGGAAAGGAGGCCACAGGAGAAGCCACGCAGAAGGGAAAAGGAAAGACCAAGUCGCCGACGAAGGGUUCAGGACAGGAGGAAGCCACAGGAGAAGCCGCAGAGAAGGGAAAAGGAAAGGGCAAGUCGCCCACGAAAGGUUCAGGACAGGAGGAAGCCACAGGAGAAGCCGCAGAGAAGGGAAAAGGAAAGGGCAAGUCGCCCACGAAAGGUUCAGGAAAGGAGGCCACAGGAGAAGCCGCGCAGAAGGGAAAAGGAAAGACCAAGUCGAAGGGUUCAGGACAGGAGGAAGCCACAGGAGAAGCCGCAGAGAAGGGAAAAGGAAAGGGCAAGUCGCCCACGAAAGGUUCAGGACAGGAGGAAGCCACAGGAGAAGCCGCAGAGAAGGGAAAAGGAAAGGGCAAGUCGCCCACGAAAGGUUCAGGAAAGGAGGCCACAGGAGAAGCCGCACAGAAGGGAAAAGGAAAGACCAAGUCGCCGACGAAGGGUUCAGGACAGGAGGAAGCCACAGGAGAAGCCACGCAGAAGGGAAAAGGAAAGACCAAGUCGCCGACGAAAGGUUCAGGACAGGAGGAAGCCACAGGAGAAGCCACGCAGAAGGGAAAAGGAAAGACCAAGUCGCCGACGAAAGGUGCCGGAAAGGAGGAGGAAGCCACAGGAGAAGCCGCAGAGAAGGGAAAAGGAAAGGGCAAGUCGCCGACGAAAGGUGCCGGAAAGGAGGAAGCAGGAGAAGAAGGUGCCGGAAAGGAGGAAGCAGGAGAAGAAGGUGCCGGAAAGGAGGAAGCAGGAGAAGAAGCCACAGAGAAGGGAAAAGGAAAGGGCAAGUCGCCCACGAAAGGUGCCGGAAAGGAGGAAGCCACAGGAGAAGCCAAGAAGGGAAAGGGAAAAACCAAGUCGCCGUCCAAAGGUUCAGGAGUACCCGAGGCCACAGACGAAGCCACACCGGAGGGAAAAGGGGCUGAAGAAAAGUUGGAGACACCAGCUCAUGGUGUCAAAAGAAAGCUUACUUGGGCAGAUGAUCCUUCCGGCAGCAACACACCCGCACAUGGCCAUGUGCGAUCACUGCCGAAGGAACAACUCGAGCAGAUUCUGAACAUGAGUGAGCCCGGUCAGUUGGAUUUGAAAACGAGGUUUAACUUUUUGAAAGCUUUCCUGGUUCACAAAGACAUGAACGACGUCGAAGUUGAAACCUUCUAUGUGGACAGCAAGAAUCCCGAGAUGCGGAUCUACACGGUGUUUCGUGACUUCAAGGACACCAGCCCUUUGGCUUCAAGACUGAACCCUUAA